AUGACAAUCAAGAUCAUUCUGGGCUCCCAAUGGGGAGAUGAGGGUAAAGGAAAGCUGACCGAUAUCCUCUGCCCCGAGGCGCAACUUUGCGCCCGUGCUGCUGGUGGUCACAACGCUGGUCACUCCAUUGUCGCCAAUGGAGUUUCUUAUAGCUUCCACUUGCUUCCCUCUGGUUUCGUCAACCCGAAAUGCAUGAACUUCAUCGGAUCGGGAGUCGUCUUUCACGUUCCCAGCUUCUUCAAGGAGCUCAAGGAGCUCGAAGAGAAGGGCCUCCCCUCGGUCCAAGACCGUAUUCUUGUCUCCGACCGUGUACAGAUUGACUUGGACUUGCACAUUGCAGUCGAUGGACUUGAGGAGGAGGAGCUCGGAGCAAAGAGUGUAGGCACCACCCGAAGGGGACUCGGACCCAGCUUUGCUGGUCUGCAGAGAGCAGUUACUAACACUGUCGUGAAAAAAAGGGGUAUUGGCCCGGCUUAUUCCACCAAAGCUGCUCGAUCUGGAAUCAGAUUGUCCGAAGUUUUCAAUGCCGAAUUGUUCGAGUCCAAGCUCCGACGGUUGGCUGAUGGCUACCGAAAGCGCUAUGGUGACUUGCUGAAGUACUCGGUUGAGGACGAGCUUGCACGAUUCAACGAAUACCGCCCGCUUCUCGCAAAGUUCGCUGUUGACGGCGUCUCGUUCAUGCGAUCAGCUCAAGAAAGCGGUACCAAUAUCAUCGUCGAAGGUGCUAAUGCACUGAUGCUUGACAUUGAAUAUGGCUCAUACCCAUAUGUAACCUCGUCUAAUACGACACUGGCUGGCAUCAUUGGCGGUCUUACCUUGAACCCGAAGAACAUCACUGAGACAAUCGGAGUUGUGAAGGCUUACACAACUCGUGUCGGACACGGAGCGUUCAAGACGGAAGAUCUCGGAGAGGUACUUCGACUGGUCGAAGACGCAGAUGUGGAUGACCUUGUUGUUGUCAAGUACAGCACUUCCAUCAAUUACUACACAGCUUUGAAUCUCACAAAGCUCGAUGUCUUGGACACCUUCGAGACGAUCAAGAUUGCCGUCGGGUACAAGGUUGACGGUCAGGAACUGGACUCUUACCCUGCGGAUCUCGACAUUCUAGACCGAGCCGAGGUCAUCUACCACGAAAUGCCGGGAUGGCAAAAGCCGACGACGAAUGCCAAGUCCUACUACGACCUUCCCAAGCAAGCCAGAGAGUACAUUGAGUUCAUUGAGAACUUUGUCGGAGUCAAGAUCAAGUGGAUUGGCACCGGUCCCGACCGUGAGGCCAUGAUCAAGCGCGCUUAA